UGGAUGCGGCGGUCGCCGAGCCGGGGCGGACGCGGAGCGGCCCGGGCAGGGGACGCGUGCCGGGAAGGCCGGCUCCGCAGCGGCCGCAGGAUGGCUGAGGCUAUAGGCUGUACUCUGAACUGCAGCUGCCAAAGUUUCAAACCUGGGAAAAUAAACCACCGUCAGUGCGAACAGUGCAGGCAUGGAUGGGUGGCUCAUGCUCUAAGUAAGCUGAGGAUCCCCCCCGUGUAUCCAACAAGCCAAGUGGAGAUUGUCCAGUCCAAUGUGGUGUUUGAUAUUAGCAGCCUCAUGCUGUAUGGAACCCAGGCUAUCCCUGUUCGCCUGAAAAUCCUACUGGACCGGCUCUUCAGUGUGCUGAAGCAAGAUGAGGUUCUACAGAUACUCCACGCCUUGGACUGGACACUUCAGGAUUACAUCCGUGGAUAUGUGUUACAGGAUGCCUCAGGGAAGGUGUUGGACCAUUGGAGCAUCAUGACCAGUGAGGAGGAAGUGGCUACCUUGCAGCAGUUUCUUCGUUUUGGAGAGACCAAGUCUAUAGUUGAGCUCAUGGCAAUCCAAGAGAAAGAAGAGCAGUCUAUCAUCAUACCGCCCACCACAGCAAACGUAGAUAUCAGGGCCUUCAUCGAGAGCUGCAGCCACAGGAGCGCUAGCCUCCCCACCCCGGUGGACAAAGGAAACCCCAGCAGCAUGCACCCCUUUGAGAACCUUAUAAGCAACAUGACGUUCAUGUUGCCUUUCCAGUUCUUCAACCCUCUGCCUCCUGCUCUGAUAGGGUCACUGCCUGAACAGUACAUGCUGGAACAGGGUCAGGACCAAACCCAGGACCCCAAACAGGAGCUCCAUGGGCCCUUCUCUGACAACAGCUUCUUAACUUCCACCCCAUUUCCGGUUGAAAAAGAACAGUGUCUCAACUGUCCAGAAGCUGUCACCCAGAAGGAAGACAGUGCUCACUUAAGUGACUCCAGCUCCUACAGCAUUGUCAGUAAGCUCGAAAGGACGCAGCUGUCCCCUGAGGCCAAAGGGAAGCCUGAGAGGAACAGCCUUAGUGCUAAGAAGGGCCGGGUGUUCUGCACUGCAUGCGAGAAGACAUUUUAUGACAAAGGCACUCUGAAGAUCCACUACAAUGCCGUCCACCUGAAGAUCAAGCAUAAGUGCACUAUUGAAGGGUGUAACAUGGUGUUCAGCUCCCUGAGGAGCCGAAACCGACACAGCGCCAACCCCAACCCUCGCCUGCACAUGCCCAUGAACAGAAACAGCCGGGACAAAGAUCUCAGGGGCAGCCUGAACCUGGCACGCUCCGAGACCUACAAGCGCCCAGGUUUCACAGUGAUGUCUCCAGACUGUGGGCCCCUCCCUGGCUACACUGGUUCAGUGGAAGACUCCAAAGGCCAACCAGCUUUCUCAAGCAUUGGGCAAAAUGGUGUGCUUUUCCCUAAUCUAAAGACUGUCCAGCCAGUCCUUCCUUUCUACCGAAGCCCAGCCACUCCCGCGGAGAUGGCAAACACACCUGGCAUGCUGCCUUCCCUCCCUCUGCUGUCCUCUUCAAUCCCAGAACAGCUGGUUUCCACAGACAUGGCCUUUGAUGCUCUUCCCAAGAAGAAAUCCCGGAAGUCCAGUAUGCCUAUCAAAAUAGAGAAAGAAGCUGUGGAAAUAGCUGAUGAGAAGAGACACAGCCUGAGCUCAGAUGAUGAUGUGCCCCUGCAAGUAGUCAGUGAAGAUGAGCCCGAGGACAGCAGUCCUCAGUCAGACAGAGUGCCUGAGGAGCAGCAUACACAGCUGAGCUCAGAGGAGCCUCUUCCACAAGGAGAAAGAGCCUGUCAUCUUGAAUCUGUGAUUGAGUCGCAUGGAGCUAUCAGCAGAACCCUUGAGCAAACCACACUCACUGAGAGGGAGGCUGAACAGAAGGUAGCACUGAGUUCAGUGAUGCCAAGAGAGGUGGAGGAUGGUGGCCACGAGCACCAUUUCACACCUGGCCUGGGGCCCCAAAUCCCUUUUCCUGACUACAUGGAAUUGCAGCAGCGCCUGCUGGCUGGGGGACUCUUUGGUGCUUUGUCCAAUAGGGGGAUGGCUUUUCCUUUUCUGGAAGAAUCUAAAGAACUGGAACACCUGGGUGAGCAUGCACUAGUGAGGCAGAAGGAAGAAACUCGCUUUCAGUGUGACAUCUGCAAGAAGACCUUUAAAAAUGCUUGCAGCAUGAAGACGCAUGAGAAGAAUACACAUGCCCGAGAGACACACGCGUGCACAGUGGAGGGCUGCGGGGCGGCUUUCCCUUCCCGUAGGAGCAGAGACAGACACAGCUCCAACCUAAGCCUCCACCAGAAAGUAUUGAAUGAAGAAGCACUGGAGACUAGUGAGGACCAUUUUCGUGCAGCUUACCUUCUGCAAGAUGUGGCCAAGGAAGCAUAUCAGGAUGUGGCUUUCACACCACAAGCAUCACAGACAUCUGUCAUCUUCAAGGGAACAAGUGGCAUGGGCAGUCUGGUUUACCCAAUAUCUCAAGUUCAUAGUGCCAGCCUGGAGAGCUACAACUCUGGCCCCCCUAGUGAGGGCACCAUCCUGGAUUUGAGUACUACCUCAAGUAUGAAGUCAGAGAGCAGCAGUCAUUCCUCCUGGGACUCUGAUGGCGUGAGCGAGGAAGGCACUGCCCUUAUGGAGGACAGCGAUGGCAACUGUGAAGGACAGAGCCUUGUCUCUGGGGAAGAUGAGUACCCCCUCUGUGUCCUGAUGGAGAAGGCCGACCAGAGCCUUGCUAGUCUGCCCUCUGGUUUGCCAAUAACCUGUCAUCUCUGCCAAAAGAUAUAUAGUAACAAAGGGACCUUUAGAGCCCAUUACAAAACUGUGCACCUCCGCCAGCUCCACAAGUGCAAAGUGCCAGGCUGUAACACGAUGUUCUCAUCUGUUCGCAGUAGGAACAGACACAGUCAGAACCCCAACCUGCACAAGAGCCUGGCUUCAUCUCCAAGCCACCUCCAGUAACAAGCCAAAGACUCUGAUAAGUGGUUCAGGAAUAAAAUAAUCCAAAGAAUAAGGUAGCUGGGCUGUUCAGUACCAUUUCUCAAAAGCCAAGCAAAACUGAUUUGACUGUACAGCCUUCUCCAGCAGGGUGAGCGCAAGACACGCCUGCAAGAAGCUGACACUGGGGUAGCCUUUCCUAUUUUUUUUCCUUAGCCCACAAAGUUUUCCACUGACACAAGGAAAACACAGAAAGCCAGUUUCCCCAGAUUUGUUUACAUGUUUCCUAGGAAACCUCCAGGUCUACAGAUUAACUGGAGGGAGUAGGGAUCAGGAACCAGGCUCAUGUGAAGCCUGCAGUAUUAAGGGUAUCAAGGAAGAAGUUCCCUGGAAUACAGCAUAGUCACCAUGGGCAUGACACCAGUCCCAAAGAUGUCAUUUUCAGGUCCUCCUCCCCGUUUUGGCAGGGGUGAAUCCAAAACCCAGACUUGAGUGUAGGGAUUUGAUGUUCAGAGAGCAUCCCUCCAUGGGGAGCUGUCAACUGCUCCCUCAGUCUGUCAUGGAACUCCAGGAGUUCUCCAAGGAAGCUUGGUGGCCUUGAAUACGUUUCUUGUCAGAUCUUGAUCUGUAACAUGCAUUUAAAAGGCUAGAGGGAAAAUAUUUCAUGCACUUAAGAGUAGUGGUCUUCAGUUUAAUUUAAAGUUAUUUUGAUAAUAUUUAACUUGAGUUUAUAUUAUGUAACUAUUUGGUGCAAGUGCAAACAUGUCCCUGUCACAUCUGAAUCUCUGUUCAGAAUUAGAAUAAGUGACAACUUACACUUCAGAACCACAGCCUGUCUUCAGGUGGUGAACUGCAGAGUCUGUUGACCCAUUGGGGUGAGUGUAAGUGUGAUUCUAACUAAAUCAUUUGUAUAUAUCCACCAAGCUAUUUAGAGAACAUAGUUCUUAUAGCUGUUGUGUAUUUUCAAUUAUCACUGGACCCCUCAGUCUUCACCCGUUGGUAAAUAUGUAAGGCUUGGAUGAACUUUGAAUUUAUUUGUUAGAAAGCAAAGUAGAGACCUUACUGCCUUGUUCUGUGUCUUGAUAUUUAACUUAUUCCAAGAUCUAUUCUACACUGUUAGACAUGUUUGCCACUAUAGAAAGGAUUUGUAGUCAGCCCUGGGAAGUGAGAGUGUCUCUUGGAAUUAGGCAUUUACAGUAGUCAAAAGGACUAUGCAACUUUAAAAGAAGUGGAUUUUGUAUUCAGAGUUCAGGUUAACUGUCUGUUUGACUCAUGUUGACUUAAUUAAAAAAAAAAUCCUUAAAGGAAAUUGAUGGUUAUAAGAGAUAUUAUCCCCCUGGCUUAAAGAUUGAGAAAGCCAACAAUCUGUUAGCAAUUAUUUCAACUUUAAAAAAUUACUUAAAAGUUGUCUCUGCUUAAGGAGAGAUGUAUCUUUCAAGCUUUUUGUUACUGAGAUGUUUAACAUUCUAGUUUCCCCAAAAUGGAAAUUUUUGUAUGCAAAUGUUUUCUAUGAUUUAAUAAAAAUAUAUGGCAUACCUUUUGUUCAAAAGGCAAAUAUUUAUAACAAUGGUUUUGUUUAUAUGACUGUAUUUUUAUGAGUGGAUUUUCUCAUACAUACAAACAUAGAGACACUGUGGACUUGAGAGAGCUGAAAGUCUACAGAUGACAAGACUUCCUAUACCAAUAUAGAUUGCAAUAAAAAGG